AUUAAAAUAAUGUCGGAGAAGAAACGUUCCCGUAAACGCAAGGAAUACACUGGUCCUGGCGAAGAACAACCUGUCGAAAAACCAUCCAAAGAUGAAAUUAAAGUGGCCAAAUGGAUGAAGAAAAAUGUCAAAACUAAGAAAACCAAAUUCUUAAGUCACAAUGUAGAAUAUUUUACAUCGAGUAAAGCCAUUGAUGCUCUCAUGAAAUCCAAAUUUGCCGAAGGUUCGACACCAUUGUUUACAAGCCGUGAACAGGUGGUGGAAUUUCUUGAUAUUAUGUUGGAGCAUAAAUUUUUCCAUCGAGCCAAAAAGGUACCAAUUAGUAUAGAAGAAGUUCGCGGAGCAAAAUCAACAGCGGGCAAAAACAAAGAAGAGAAAAAAGACGGCGAGAAAAAGGAAACAAAACAAAAAGAAGAAAAGAAAGAUGGAGGUGUAGAUUCGGCGGCAGAUGCCGGUGAGUUGAGUGGCAAUAAUGGUGCCGGAAGUGAUGAGAAUGGUGGCACCUCGGCUACCGGUGAAAAGAAAGAGAAAAAGAAACGUAAAAUCCGUUUGGAUAUGCAUCCGGAACAGGUGUUUGUCGAUGGCUCCGAGGCAUAUGUCUGGAUCUUUGAUCCCAUCCCCAUACAUUACUGGAUAUAUGGUUUGGUUUUGUUACUGGGCGCCAUUGGUAUUUGUUUGUUCCCCUUGUGGCCGCCAAUGUUGCGCAAGGGUGUCUAUUAUCUAUCGGUGGCUGCGGCCGGUUUCUUGGUAUUCAUUUUGGCUCUGACCGUUUUGCGUUUGAUCAUCUUCACCAUUGUCUGGGCUGUAACGGGUGGCAAAUUGCAUUUGUGGAUAUUCCCCAAUUUGACAGAGGAUGUUGGUUUCUUUGCCUCCUUCUGGCCUUUGUAUGAGAGCAAAUAUGUAACCUCCGAAGAAGAUGAAAAAUCUUCGAAAUCCAAAAAAGGUUCCAAAUCCAAAUCGAAAAAAUCCAAAGAAAAAGAUAGCGAUAAUGAAGACAAUGACGAUGCAGCUCCCGACACUGAACCAUUGGAACCGGAGAAAAUUGAUGAAAUCAAGGAACAUGAUGCCGAUGUUCUGUUAAGACAUCGCAAUGUUGGUGGUAAACAACAUGACGAUGAUGAGGAUGAAGAAUCA